AUGAACGAUAUACUACCGCACACGGAACAUGGUCUCUUCGCUAACGACAUUGCUCUAUGGACAACAUCAAACACGCUGACCAGUCUCACACAAAGACUACAGCAAUCUAUUGAUGCAUUUGAAAUUUGGUACAAAUCGUGGAAGCUGAAGCUACAACCAACGAAGACAGAGAUGAUCCACUUCAGACUUCACCCAAGAAAGAAAUACAAGCAUCCAGUAGAAGUCAAAGUCGAAAAUACUAUAAUCAAACCUCUGGAUGCAACCCGAUACUUGGGUGCAGUUAUCGACAAACAACUGAAGUGGAGAAGCCAUCUCCAACAUCUCGAAACGAAAAUGGCUGGACGUAUCAGUCUUCUACGAUAUUUAGCCAAAUCAGCGCAAGAACCGAACCAGAAGACGAUGAUAAACAUCUUCAAAGCGAUUGCAAGACCAGUGAUGACAUAUGGUUACCCGGUAAUACUAACAGCAAACGACAAAGUAUGGGAUCGGCUUCAAAUCAUCCUAAACAAAGCGCUUCGCGCCACUCUUGGCCUGCCGAUCUAUACCUCUGUCGAAUACAUAAAUCGGAUAACCAAGAUAGAAAAAAAUCAAAGACUCUGCAACAUCACUGCUUCAACAAUCUAUAGCCACCGCUACACCCAACAAAGACCAAACGCUCCUACAACACCUGCAAGACAUCGCCGAUCAACUAUGACAAAACAUCAAUACCAAUGUUACAAGACUAUCUGCGUCGAUGUACAUAUCGACAGCAGAUCAACGACAAAUGACUACUGA